AACAAAUUACUUUUCCAAUAUAGGAUCUUAUGUUUUUAUUUCUCGAAAUCUAUACAUCUCCGCCUCAAAUCAUGGAAUCUGAAUACUUUCUUUACGAUUCCAUCAUCCCUGAGACGGAAUUUCAGGACAUUGGAGUUGAGGACGAUGUGAUUCAUCUAUCUUCCACCUCUGACGCGAAGAAGGAGGACGAGGUCAUCGUCAUCCACAGCGAUGACGAUGAUGCCGAUGUUGCCCCAGUCAGAGAUAAGAAGGCGGUUAUCGUCCUUGACUCUGAUGAAGAUUCACUGUUUGGGAGCGAGGAAGAUGGCAGUUUUGAGGAUGUAGAGGGGUCUGAAUUUCUUGAGAAUCAGACUUCUCCAUCCAUGAACUCUUGCAUGCACCUCCACAUCGAUCUGCUGAACAUAUUAAUGCUCACCCCGGAUCCUAACUUUUGGGCUUCACAGUACAAGUAGGGAUGUUCCUUUCCUUUCACUCUAAUUCUUUCUGAAUUUAUUCUGAAUUGAAUUUCAAAUCUGUGCUUCUCUUAAGUGGAGAGUGUGUACUGUGAUGAGCAUUUUCCUAUGAAUAAGUUAAGUAUGUAUUGUGAUGAGCCAUUUGCAUAUCUGGAAAUGGAUCUGAGUACCAAUGGAUGUGCCCUGAGAAUAAAGUGUGUGCUAAUUG